AGAAGUACAAUAAGUGGUCGCAGGAGUACGAUAAGAUACUCCUCCCGGCCCCGGGACCAUAACCGCCCUGCGGCACUCUGUUGACACCUGGGUGACCAGCUGGGACUCUGCUUCCGCUUCUCCCAAACUCUCUAUAUAAAAUGGGGAAAAUCAGUUGUGGCCCAGUGGUGGAGAUGCUUGGGGACGAGAUGACCCGCAUCAUCUGGGACAUUAUCAAGCAGAAACUUAUUCUCCCGUUUUUGGAGAUUGAACUUCACACAUAUGAUUUGGGGAUUGAGAAUCGUGAUGCCACGAAAGACCAGGUCACGAUUGACUGUGCUCAUGCCAUUAAGAAAUACAAUGUAGGCAUCAAGUGUGCAACAAUUACGCCUGAUGAAAAGAGGGUGGAAGAGUUUAAUUUGAAAAAGAUGUGGAAGUCUCCCAAUGGUACUAUACGUAACAUCCUAGGUGGCACCGUGUUCAGAGAGGCUAUCAUAUGUCAGAAUAUCCCCCGUCUUGUCCCAGGAUGGCAGAAACCAAUUGUCAUUGGCCGUCAUGCACAUGCUGACCAGUACAAGGCUAUUGACUUUGUGGUGCCUGGUGCAGGAAAGUUAGAGAUCAGCUGGACUCCUUCUGAUGGAGGUGAUGCAAUUCGGGAAGUCAUCAAUGAUUUUAAGGGUGCUGGAGUUGCCUUAGGAAUGUUCAACACUGAUGAAUCAAUCGUUGCAUUUGCCCAUGCAUCAAUGGUGUAUGCUUUGGAUCGCAAGUUGCCUUUAUAUAUGUCGACCAAGAACACUAUACUCAAGAAAUACGACGGCCGCUUCAAGGAUAUUUUCCAAGAAGUAUAUGAAAACGAAUAUAAAGGAAAGUAUGAAGCUGCAGGAAUUUGGUACGAACACAGACUCAUUGAUGACAUGGUUGCGCAAGCUAUGAAGAGUGAAGGAGGCUUUGUAUGGGCUUGCAAGAAUUAUGAUGGUGAUGUUCAGUCAGACUCCGUAGCCCAAGGAUUUGGCUCUCUGGGGAUGAUGACGUCUGUUCUGGUGUGCCCCGAUGGCAAGACAAUAGAGUCCGAGGCAGCUCACGGCACAGUCACCCGGCACUACCGUCAGCACCAGCAGGGCAAUGAGACGUCUACCAAUCCCAUUGCUUCAGUCUUUGCUUGGACUCGUGGUUUGGCUCACCGUGCUAAGCUUGACAAUAAUGAAAACUUGGCUAGAUUUGCCUCAUCUCUGGAGGAAGUGUGUGUGGAGACAAUUGAAUCAGGGUCCAUGACUAAGGAUUUGGCUAUCUGCAUUAAGGGCAUGACUAACGUUACACGUGAUGACUACCUCACAACAUUCGAGUUCAUGGACAAGCUUGCAGAAAACUUGGAAAAAAAGAUGUCUACCUGACUUAGCAUUCCUCGUAUGAAGCCACUAGCAAAGCUCUAGCACAUCAUUCCCCGAACUUACUUGGACCUACAAACCAAAGGAUAUUUGAACUACUGUACUAUAUUUCACAUUUAUUAUUUGUACUCUGCUAGUUUACAUGUAUAAAUAUCUAAAGCUUCAGUCCUCAGGUGGCACUUUUGAAGUUGUGGAAUCUUAAUUUAGUACAGUUUAAUUGCCAUUUUUACCAGAUCCAGAUUAUUUGCCAUUUUAAAUUUUAUUUUCUGUCCAGAAAUUCAGGUUAAUUUAAAUAUUAUUAGGCUUCUGCCAUUUAUACUUUACAUUUUUCUUGCCAAAAAAACUUGAUCUAAUUUGUGCUAAAUAGACAAGUAUAGCAAGGCAUAAUUUCUUAGAUUAUCUUUUUAGAUUUUUGUAAGGCAAUAUGUUUUGUAGUGUCAACUUUUUUCAAAAUAUUUAGUGUACAUGAAUUUCCUGUUUUGGGACCAAAAAUAAAAUUAAUUUAAUUUUUUAAUUUUUUAUCCUGUGCAUGAAUAUGUUCAUCAGAUUUCAAUGUGGUAGUGAACUGGUUAACCUCAGCUGGCCAUGGAAGCUCAAACUUUGGGGCAACACACACACACAGUUUCGCUUCUCCCAUAAUUUUUUUUACUAGCAGAUACAGGAACACAAUUCUUCAGAUUCUUGUUUGUAGUCCAAUUGCUCUCCUUUGUAUAGCUCAUCAGAAGCCUUACCAUAGAAGUAGUCUCCAGUUUAUGAAAGGAAUGUAUUCCAAAAAUGAAUUCAUAACCUGGCCAUAACUUUGAAUCAAAUUUUUUCCAUAUGCAUAUUUGCUUAACAAUAAGGGUCCCCAAUUAUUGUUAGGUAAACAUAAGCAAAUAUUCGAAACUUGGAAACCAGCCCAAUCCUGGCCAGAAAUCGGAGCCAGGUCAUUCUCACUUGCGAGACAAGCUGAUAAAACUGUAACCACUACAUGGAAUAAAACUUUGACAAAUCACUGAA